CGUUGUUUCCGCCCCACCACCGGACGACAAGACGCAUGCUUGUGCAAGCGCUGUGGACCUUGGCGCUUGCGGGCGCCGUCUGUUAUUACUUGUGUAUCAUACGGUCACGGCGCCAAAUGCUCGCUAAAUUGCCGUCGCCGCCUGCAUCCAGCUGGUUCUUGGGCCACGCGCGCGAGGUCAUGGGCGAUGUGUCGGGCACGUAUCCCAACCCAGCGCUUUCUUGGCUCGAAGAGUACGGCUGCGCCUACUACUUUCGUCUCUUGCACUUGGGGCGCGUGGCGCUGGCCGACCCUGUUGGGCUCAAGCACGUGCUGGUGACGCAUGCGAGUCGGUACCCGCGCGACGACACGACCCGGACCUUUCUCCGCACAUACAUGAGUGGCGACAGCCUCGUGAGUGUCAAAGGCGCCGACCACGCGUCGAUGCGCAAAGCACUGAACCCGCACUUUGGCCUCGCGCAUCUCAAGCUGUUUGUGCCCAUCUUUGUGGCCCACACCAACGCAAUGCUUGCGCACUUCACGCGCGCGAUCGACACCAACACGCCAGUCAACUUGCACAAAGUGUGGUCGUUGUUGACACUCGAUAUCAUGGGCAGUAGCAUGUUUGGCUAUGACUUUGGCGCCCUCGCCGGCACGAACGCCGAGAACAACCAAGCCUACGUCGACGCGCAAUUCCCACCGUCCAUUAUCGGAAUGGUGGGCACCGUGCUCGUACCCGGGUGGUCCUACCUUCCGCUGCCCGGGUACGCUCGCCGUCGCCGCGCCAUCGCCACACUUCCGGGCAUUGUGAUGCGUGUCAUUGAAGCCAAAAUGGCCCAAGCGAUUGAUGACCACCCACCCCAGGACCUCCUCGAUCUCAUGCUCAUUUCGGACCGUAACAUGACGUCGGCAGAGGCCCGCGUGCAUGUCCAGGUCUUCAUGCAGGCCGGUCACGAGACAACGAGCCACGCCUUGUCGUGGGCGAUUGCAAUGCUGUUGCGGUACCCCAAUGUCGCGGCCAAGGUCCAGGCCGAGUGCGACGCCACAGUCGCUCGCUUUGGCAGCGAUGUAUCGUACGAAGCGGUCGCCGACUUGGUCUACGUCACGGCCUUUCUCAAAGAAACCGCGCGGUGCUACCCAGCGAUUACGAUGCUCGCACCACGCUCCGUGACAAUCGACGACGUCAUUCCGCUCGCGGACGGGUCGAGCGUAGCGAAUCCCAAGGGCACAUCGAUUUACGUGGAUCUCGUGGCGGUGCAGCGCAACUCGAAGUACUGGACGCGCCCCAACGACUUUUGCCCAGAGCGAUUUAUGGAGGGCAGUGCGCUGAGCAAUGCGGAUCGCGAGCUGCGCGGCGGUGCGGGCCACACAUUUCACUAUCUUCCAUUUUCCAUGGGGGAGAAAAAUUGCAUCGGCCAGCGCUUUGCGAUGCUUGAAAUGCAAAUCCUGCUGGUGAAAACGCUCGCCGCCGUCACAUUCAAGGCCACCGACCGCACCAACUUGAACCCGAGUCGGGAGCUCGUGUCGAUCACACCCACGUGCUUGGAAGUCACCGUGCACCGCCGUAGCGCAACGACAGCGUAAACCGUAAUCACUCGCUCGACGAAAGGAGCUCGACGGAUUGAGUGACACGCCGUACAACGCUAAAGGCGAACGCUGCUCUGUCGUUAAAUCCUUUUGGACAACUUAGUAAGGACCAACAUAAUUCUAGGGCUAGUACA